CAGACGUCAACAGAUGAGAGCGCCAUUCGAUUAUGUUGAACCAGCAUUUCUUGCGGAUCGCUAAGGGUCUCGUUUUCCAACGAUGACGACAGCGUCUUAGGUUGAAUCUUCACAAUUUAAUUUUUCAACCUCUUCUCCUCCUCCAAAUUGAAAGGAACACAGCACAAUCAGAUCCGAUAUUUUGGUUACCAGCAGAUUAUUUUUAGUUGAAAUCUCUAGCAAGUUUAAUGGGAUUUCCAUGGCAAAUAUCAGUACCAAUUCAACGAAUAAUGCAGUUUCGAAUAGUACUUCAUGGUUGGACAUCCUGCAGUUCACUUUGUUCGCCAUAAUAUUUGCAGUUAGUACCAUAGGAAAUAUUUUGGUCUGUUUGGUGGUGUUGGGAACAAAACGCAUGCGCACAACACGAAAUUUCCUCCUUGUCAAUCUAGCGGUAUCAGAUCUGACGGUGGCCCUGUUGUGUAUACCGUUCGACAUGGUGCUCAAGAUUACAGAACCUGAUUGGCCGCUUGGUUCCGCAAUGUGCAAGAUAUUGUGGCCUUCUAUGACACUUGUAACCAAUUCCUCUGCCGUUACGCUUGCAGUGAUCAGUUUUGACCGGUAUCGUGCAAUAGUCCGUCCUACAGAAGCUCGUUUCACAACCCGACAAACUGGUUUCAUCAUUGCAGCAAUCUGGUUGGUGUCGUUAUUGCUUGUGCUGCCAUAUGUCUUGACUUUGAAAAUAGUCAACAACACCUGCGACGAAGUAUGGCCCAGUGACACGGCACGACAAGUCUACACGGUGGGGCUGUUUGUAUUCCAGUAUACUUUACCCCUUACAAUCAUUGCGUUUGCAUAUGUGAAAAUAGUUCUCAAGCUUCGAGAACAAUCGGAGCGCAUGGCGACUUACCAUGAAAUUUCGAAAAGGCCAGCAUCGCCAUCAUUGCCAGAGGACAACUGGAGUGCCGGCGAUAACCUCGCCCCAAACGCUUGUGAUACAAUCUCGUUGGCUUCCCCUGUUCCAGAGAGGAAGAAACUUAUGAAUGGAAAUCUCAGUAAAACACAUCGUCUUGGUCAUAAGAAAUUAGAAAUCCAGAUGCACGAUGUUGCCGCCAAACUUCCAACAAGGAAGAAACAGCAGACUCCAACAACAUCCCGCACUUGCAGAAUUAAGGAAGCCAAACGACUCGAGCACAACACAAAAAUAGUUAAGAUGCUUGUUUCAGUGGUCCUCUCCUACGCCAUUUGUCUUUUGCCAAAUCAAGUUGCUUGGUUAUGGCUUGAGUUUGGAUCUGGCGAAAGCUGGCCUCAUUUUAACGAGUUUCUUAUAUUUGGAUUCCUUAUGGUAUACAUCAACAGUUCUGUUAAUCCUUUACUCUACGCUGGUAUGAACGAAGAAUUUAGAAAGGGAUUUAUAAGAAUCAUAAAAUUCCAAUGGAGAGUGCAGCCUCAAACACUGUAGCACAGAGGUUUCAUUUAGCGUUACAUAAGUGAGUGUGAAAGGGGUUACCUCUCGGUGUAGGUAUCUUUAAGACUUCGGCUAAAUUUCUCAUGAAAAAUCUGCGUGAAUCUCCUCCAACGUCAACACCCUCCCUCCUGUUUAUAAAAAUAACUUUAUCUCAUUUCGAUGAUGUUUCUUAUCUUGCCGAAUUAAUAUUUGUAAGUUUCCUACAUGCUUAAGGUAAUCAACCAGGUAAUCAGCUGCACACAGUGCGGCAACGCAACAAUAUCUUCCGCUGCUCACUUUUACCAUAAUGUAUCAUUUGAACUUUGUAAGUGACGAUAUUUUCAUUAGGUGUACGAAGGCUGACGGUAAGUCGGUAAAAAACUGAGGUUUUUUAACCUACCGUGGGAGAUAACUUCCUUACUAUUUGAUUUUUUUAUACAAAUGAAUGGCAGAUACACUUUAUCCGAGGGGAAAGAUAAUCAAAAAUAUUUCUGAUAUAGGGAAAGACAAAGUUGUUAAAAUGAAAUGCAAGAAAAGAUUCUUAGAAUGGAGAAAAUGAAUACCCUGGUAACAAUAAAUGAAACUUGGAUGCAGCUCGGUCUAUGGAAAAGGUGAAAUGAAAAAUUAAGAAAAAAAAGAAAACACUAAGAGUUCUAAGUGGUCAGUGUAACAAAAACUUCUCUAAUAAGGAAAAGUAACAGGGGUAUUUUUCCGGCCCCAACGACUACAAAGAAAAGUUAUGUCUGCGUGGUGCUAUAUAUUCAAGACUGAAAAAUUAUUUGAUCUGCACUAUGUUUUGAAAGCAAUAGCUUGGGCAGGAUAUACACAUUUUAAUAAAAGUAGGAUUUUUCCAUAGUUUUCAUAGGGUUUGCUUAGGAUUUUAAUAAAGUAAGGUUCGUAUUGAUACUGCACGAGAAAUAGCACAAAAUGGCUGAAAUUAUUAACUAAAGUAGCCGCGUAGAGAUAUGAACUUAGUUAUUACUAUCACGAGAAGAUAAAUUCGUAUCCACAGGAGGACAUCCAUAUGUUCUGUUUAUCAUACAGAUAGAAAUGAAAUACCUAAAUCAAAGGAGAUUUUAAAACGUAUGAAUAUCACCAAAUUUAAUGGUAAUUUACAUACUUGUAAACUCACCUCUCAGAAAUGUGAAGAAAAAGUUAAAUUAAACCUAGAUUGAUGAUAAGCCCCCUCGUGAAUAUAAGUAUCCAACGUUAAUAAAGCCGGUUGCAAGAAAUACAUG